AUCUGUUACUGACUGUAUCGACAAAAAUAAAGGCAAUGUUAGUCGUGAUGUUGAAAGGAAGUAAAAAUUGUGUAUUUGUGAACAGUUUAAUUAUCUAUCAACUUUAGAUGUCUUUUUGGAUAAUCAAACUAUUCAAAAAAAAAAAACGGAUCUUGUCAGGUACUCAGGUAGUAGAUUAAGACUUUGUGAGAAGAUAUGGAUGUCAGGCUUGCACAGAAUGCAUCCUCUCAGAAUCUCCAACGGCUAUUAGAGAUUUUCAACUUACUUUGACGCAAACUGCGGACAGCGGACUGCAUACUUACAGUAGGGGUUUUCUCAAAAUAUUUAAAGCAAAAAAGAAAACAUACUUAGAGUAUAUAUGAUUCUUUUACCUAUAUGUGUAGUAACUUUUGUCUUCACUGUACAAAUUAGUGUAUUGUGAUAUAAUUAUCUGCUAUUAUAUGCAAUACCUACGUUUGAAAAUAUAUGGACAGUGGACAGGCUACAUUUAAAACACGUAAUCGCAAUAUUCAGAUGUUUGUAUAGGAGUUUUAUUGAAAUAUCUUGAAUGAUUUAGUUCAACACUUUGUCUAAACAUACAGGAAGUUCUCAUACAUGUAUCUUUCAACCCCGUCGAAAAGAGACACAAUAAAUAACCGUAUUUUAGCUAAAACAUCCUGAAUGAGUUGUGUAUCAGCAUGUUUGGAAAUAAACAAAGGAAAUAGCCUCUUCGUAUUUACAUAAUCUGAUAUCAGAAUUGCAUGUUGAAAGUUGUUUUAAAUUUACUAUCUUAAAGUGACUACUCAGUAUGGAUUAUCAGUUUCUACAGGAAUUUAAUCUUUAAGUACUAUUAAAACUGGCUUUCAAAAUGUCGAUCUAAAACCCAGCGGAGACCGAAUAUGUUUGGUGAACAUUAGGCAUGGGACGCGUCCAAGGUCAAAUUCAGAUCAUAUUCAACAAGAGCUGUCUCCAUAGGAUGACACAUGCCCCCGAUGGCACUUUGAAUGAAUAGUUAUGGCCGAUGUUAGAGUUUAGGACCUUUGACCUACGGACCUGGGUCUUGCGCGCGACACGUCGUCUUACUGUGGUACACAUUCAUGCCCAAUAAUUUUAAAACCCAUGCAUGAAUGACAAAGAUAUGGACCGGACACGCCCAUCAAUGCACUAUCAUAAAAUAUGACCUUUAACGUCUAAGUGUGACCUUGACCUUUGAGCUACGGACCUUGGUCUUGCGCGCGACACGUCGUCUUACUGUGGUACACAUUCAUGCCAAGUUAUUUGAAAAUCCAUCCAUCAAUCACAAAGAUAUGGACCGGACACGAAAAUUGCGGACAGACUGACAGACCGACAGACGGUUCAAAAACUAUAUGCCUCCCUUCGGGGGCAUAAAAAACUGUUUUAUAGCCAGUGCAUGCACAGAAUUGUCAACGAAAUUAUAUUUUUGACACCAUUUGAGCAAUUAUGUGUGGUCAUUUUAUGCAACCAGCUUAGUAUACAUGCAUACAUAUGGUCUGUGUAGAUACUCGGCUUUGGGGAACUUGGACAAAUAUUUAAGCUCAUCAAAACUCUCGGUAUAUAUUGGUUUAAAAAAUUACAAUGUAGCCAUCUUUUAUAUCCUGAUAACGUGACCGGAAAAAACUGAAUUAAUUCAGUACCGUAUUGAAAUGAAUUUGUAGGGUUUGAAAUAGUUCAGAAUAUACAUGUAUAAAACACUUUUCUCCGCGGUGCAUUAAACUGUCACGCUUUGUAUCGUGCAUAUUCAAAAGUGUGCGUUGUACAAUAGCAUUUCAGCGACCCGAGUGCAAUAAUACGAAACUAUGUUUCCAAAAUCACUGCAUACAUUCUUUGAUACCAAAUAUUCAACUAACUUGUAACAUAUGCUGUUUGAUUCCCUAAUUUAAAAAAGGCGAACCUCUUGAGGCACAGGGGAAGCGGGUCUGUCUCCUUACUAGCUGGUCAUUGGUUCAUCCUUGAAUAAAAGGUAUGUUGAUCGUUGAAUAAUCAGCCGUUUUCACUGCUAACGAAUACUGGCUAGAACCUCACGGAAUUGACUAUAAAAGAUAAAAGGAUAUAUUUUUAAUGCGCCCACGCUGUUAAGAAUGCUUGUAAGACAAAAUUCAUGACAAAAUCGGUAAUUCAAAUAUACAAUACAAAGGAUAUUUAUAAAUCUUAUAACUGUCUUUUCUCGGAUAGUAUUACUUGCUAAAUAUGCCGCUGUUCAGUUUUGCAUAAAAAUGUAUAUACAGUUUGAGAACACCCCUAUUGUAUGUUCGCAGUCCGUGGUCUGCAGUACGCGUCGAAGUAAGCUGAAAAUCUCGAUUAGGGCAUGCCUGAAAAUGAGUAAGGUAAACAGUAAUGCUACUGACAAUGAUAAAUCGUUGUCGGAUAAUGCUGGCGAGACUGAAGGAAAUCAGACGGAUGAUUCACAACCGGGACAGGCGUUUAAUGUUCAUGUUACGGAAGAGGGCAAAGAUGAAGGGCAAACAAAAGUUGAUGAUGACAGUAAUAAUUUAAAUGGGUUACUUGAGAAUGAAGUACUGAAUAAUCCAUUGGGGGAUGCGGCUGAAGACAGAGCCAACCUUUUGAAAACGUGUCCUGAAGAAAGAGAUGAUGAAAAACAAAGUCAACAAGAAAAGAUUGAUCGUCCUAUGGCGGAGAGGGAACCUUUAAUUACCAGCGGUAGACACUCGGCUAAUUAUGAUUAUGGCGAUGAAGAUAAUGAGGAAAAUAUCGUCUGUUCGCAUCCCGGAAGUGCAAUCGACGCAAAUAUCAAUGUCACAUAUCAAGACAGCAGUAGCGAUUACCAUGACUACAGCACGCGUAUUGACGCCAACCGGCCCAAAAGCAAUAUUCCUAGCCGGGACGGUGCCGUUAUUUUGUACAGAAGAAGAUGGUACAUUCUGCUUGUACUCAGCUUGUGCGUCACGCUUCAAAAUGCGGUAUGGGGAACUUGGGGUCCCAUUGCUGAAUCAGCUAAGUUUGUGUACGGUUGGGACACAACAAUGGUUUUUAUUAUAAUCAACUGCGGGAAUAUUGGUGUCCUGUUACCUGCGCUGUUUACAGGUCACGUGAUCAGUGGUAAAGGUUUACGUGUGUCAAUGGUUGUAUGUAGCUUCUUACUUGCGAUCGGAGCUGGACUGAGACCAAUAAGCAGAGACAAAACAAUUGGAACAAUAUUAAUCGGCGCUGGUCAGUUUUGCAAUGGUCUGGCCGGAAGUAUUACUCAGGUGAUUCCCGCAGCAUUAUCUGAGACCUGGUUCCCUAUCAACGAAAGAGCUACUGCAACUGCUAUAGGCGUCAUUUCAAAUUCUCUAGGCAGUAUAGUCGCAUUUAUGCUUGGUCCCAAUCUUGUCAACGAGCCAAACAGUGAAAACAGCACAACUACAGAUAAAAGUUUCCUGUUCUCGGAAUUGUCGAAUACAACCUGGAAUAACGACACUGAUCUGUCAGAUGUGAAAACUAUUUCUCACCAAAUAUGGAUCCUUACAAUGAUUGAAUUUGGUGUGGGUGCUUUAUUAUUUAUUAUCACACUAGUAUAUUUCCCAGCCAAACCUCCCACACCGCCUAGCAGAUCUGCAAGAGAGGAAAGAAUUAAUUUUACUCAGGGAUUAUGUACAGUUAUCAAACAACCAUUAAUACUUCUAGCUGCAAUGUCAUGCGCAGUACCUUGGGCAGUGUAUGGAAAUUGGAUGGGUCUUGUUAAUGUAAAUUUACAUGAAAUAGGCAUCUCACAGAGUCAAUCUGGUUUAUUUGGCUUUUAUGCAUCGAUAGCUGGAGUGGUCGGUGGGAUAGCCAUAGGAAGGAUUGCCGAUCGGUUCCAGCGUCGUCUAAAAUUAUUUGUUAUGUUAGUUUUCCUUCUUGCGCUAUUAAUCAUUGUUUGGAUAACUUGUAUGAGAAUAGGCUACCUCCCUAGAUCAAUAGCAUUAUUUGCCGUAUCUAUCUCGGCGCUCGGUUUCAUGAUGAAUGCAGCUCUACCACUGUGUUACGAGAUGGCUUGUGAAUGCGGAUAUCCCAUACAUGAAGGCAUCAUUGGUACGUUCAUCAGCCUGGAAAUAAAUGCUGCAGCUGUGAUAUUUCUUCUUAUCAAAUUCAUUCCAAAUAUAGGUGUCACGUGGAUGAACUGGACGUUUGUUGGAGUGCUGGCAACCAGUAUUAUUUGCCUAACGUUCUUAAGAGAAAAAUAUCGUAGAGCUGAUGUAGAUAUAAGAGUUACUUCAGUGACAGACAAAGACAGAUGAACUGUGAGCAGCUGAACUUACUAUUUGCAAAUAAACUGCUAGCACCUCAACCGUGUAUUCUCCGUUAAACCUUUAGCAUAUUAACUGUUAGUAACUGAACUUUCAUAAUUAUUACGUACACAUUUGGUAUAGUAACUGUUAGAAACUAAACUCUUCUUGGAUAAACAUUUAGCAGAAAAACUAUAAGCAGAUGAACUAACAAUUCUCUCAUAAACAUUUAGCAGAUAAACUAUAAGCAGAUGAACUAACAGUUCUCUCAUAAACAUUUAGCAGAUAAACUAUAAGCAGAUGAACUAACAAUUCUCUCAUAAACAUUUAGCCGGUAAACUACAAACAGAUUUAAACACACUAUUUUCGGAUAACAUCUAGUGGAUAAACUCAUGAUAAGCAGAUGAAAUAGCUAUUCUAAGAUAUACAGUCAGCAGAUAAACUUCUAGCAGCUAAAUAAAUUAUUUUCAGAUAAACAUUUACUCGAUGAUCAUUUAGCAGCUAAAUGAGCUAUUUUCAGAUAACUAUUUAGCAGAUAAACUGUUAGCAGCUGUAUAAAUUAUUAUCAGCCAAAUGUUUAAGCUGUUAAUUUAACGAACUUUUAUUGAUCAGGUAACUACUUAGACGAAGAUCUGUUAAUAAACAUGUCACGUGAGCAGUCCAACCAUUAGCAGAAAUUUGUUAGCAACUUCCAAAAAAUAUUAUAUAAACAUUUCGCUUAACUAAAUACUAUUUAUAGAACUUUCGCUGUUGGUAGCUGUCAAAGUAAAACAUCAAGUAACUGAACUGUUAGCAGCUAUCAUUUAGCAGAUGAGCUGUUAUAGCAGCUAAAUUAGCUAUUAUCGGAUAAAUAUUUAAAGGAUAAAUUGAUAUCUGUUGAACAAAGAUAAACUAGCUUUUAGACAAUAUUUUGUGGCGGCAUCAGAUCUGUUGCUAGUUUCGCGAACAUGUCUCAGAGCAGACGAACUGAACUUAGGGCAGACGAACACUUUAACUAUAAAUUAAUGUAGUUGAGAGACAAUCUAUGUAUAAUCAUCUCAUUUACAUAAGUAUAUAUAAUUGCCGUUCUUGUAUAUAGUUUACAUGUUUUCUUGUUUGUUUUUUUACAUGGUGUGCUUCUAGCAUAAAUUACGCACAUUUAAUUUUUGCACGCAUAAUUGUCUGUUAUUUAAUUGUUUCUUGGAAGCCGAAGCUUCGUUUCAUUGCUGUAUAUAUAUUUGGGAUAUUUUAAUUUGUAUGUAUCUGUUAUUGAAUAUAAUUAUGUUUGUUACAUAUUUGUUUAAACCUAUUCAUGCACCUGUUUCAAAAGGUUUGAUCGUGCCAUAUUCUAACUGCAUUACUACUUGCAUAAUAAAAUUUGAAAACCCGAACAA